AUGGACGAUGUGGAUUUGGAAACGGUAGCUGGCAACGUAGCCGAUUCACUCUCACAAAUAUUUCUGCUCACACCACGACCUGAGGUCCGGAAUCGUGCCUAUGAGCUGCUAGGCGCAAGCAAUGCUCGACAGUUCGCAAGUGCUGUGGAAAAACACAUCAAUAGAUAUCUGGAAAUUGCAAGAGGCGAAAUGAACGAUAGAAGGUAA